AUGGUCCUCGGCUGGCUGCUGCUUCUGGUGUCUUUCCUGUUCCCCAAGGUGACAGGCAUCAAGGACUGUGUCUUCUGUGAGCUGACUGACUCCACUCAGUGCCCAGGCAUCCACAUGCGCUGUGGGGAUGACGAGGACUGCUUCACGGGCCAUGGGGUAGCCCAGGGCAUGGGGCCCAUCAUCAACAAAGGCUGCGUGCACUCUACCAGCUGUGGUCGUGAAGAACCCGUCAGCUACAUGGGCCUCACCUACAGCCUCACCACCACCUGCUGUGCCGGUCAUCUGUGCAAUGGGGUUGCCGGCCCUGCCAAGGGGGCUGCUAGCCUGGUGCUGUGCCUACUGCUGCUGCUCCAACGCUGGCUGUGA